CUUAUGAUUUUCGUGAAGAUUUAGCUUCUGAAAGAUCUUUUUUAAAUCUUCAGCAAUAAUGUGAUAGCAUUCUUCAUAUGCCUUGAUAACGCUUCUCCAUUAAGGAAAUCUCUUCAUAGAACCUUGUUCGCCUUGUUCGUCACUCAGAACACUCAAAUUCAGAAAUAAUACAGAGGAAAGGCCAGCAAAUGCAUUUUAAGGACAACAUUUUCAGACGAGAUGUUACUGAUCAUUCACGUAUUCUUCAAAUCCCUUAUCCUUUAUCGGGAUAUUCCCUCUUUAAUUUUUACCUCGCUGAAUUUGAGUAAUUUCUCUUUCAGAUAGACAAAUCACUGCCAUCUCUAGACAUAACUUCUACAAUGUUUUUUAUCAGAUCAAUGGUUGUAAACGAUGGCUUGGAUACUGGGUAUUGUUUUUGGACUUGGUUACAAUGUCUUUUGAAAUGAAAAAAAAAACUGAACAUGAUUGAAACAAAAUUAUAAUAUAUCUCAAGUAAGGAUACACCAACAUAAACAAAAAUCAUCAGAAUUUUCGUCUGACAAAAACAAUGCUUACCAGUGAUAUCAAUAAAUUAAGCCUUUUAGUAAGAUAAUUUGGAAAAAUACAGUGUCUCUUAGUUUUAAGAGCUAUGUCAUUACUAUUAUUUUCAAGCGCGAAAACGUCAAUUUUCAUAAUUUUUUUUCAUUUAAUUUUUUUCCCUCUGAUUGACUUAAUAGUUUAAAUGUUGUCGGUAUGAAAAAUAUCUUAUGUAUUACUAUUUUCCUAUCUUAAUCUAAUUAUGCCCUGAACCGGCAGUUAAGUUUGGCUCGAAGUUUGUAACACCCAGAAGGAAAGUUCGGAUAAAAUCCUUUCCCACGACAGUUGAAUCCUUAGACUUGUAGAUUGCAAUUGUUAAUAUAAUAUUAGUAACGCAAUGUUUUUUUGUGCCUGGCGAGUGAACCCAUCUGGAAUAUCUAAAUUGUCGGUUAUUGAUGAAUGAAACUAAAAGCCGUAAAAGUAACAUCUUCAUCUUUAACUUUCCAUUUCACCCAGAGUUCAGAGCAGUGUUAAUGUACUCCACAUUUGCAGCGGCGUGCGUAUUGGCGAACACACAUGAAUACGAGUAUUUCAAUGCACAUAAUCAUUGUAUUGAAGACACUCAGUCACAGAAGUGGUACGGUAGCGGGUAUGAAGAAAUCGAACGUGGCUUUGCCUUCAGUUAAGAAAUUAUUAGCUUAGAGUGUGUAUCUACCGUUAAUUUCAAAACUAAUUGGUUGUUAAAGUUAAAUUUUUAGAAUUUAUGCAGAAUUUUCACAGAAGGGCAAAAUGAAGUGGUCAGCGUCAGUUGGAGUUUGCUCUUGCCUUCUGUUAUUAAUGUGUGAAACGGGUCAUGUGAGCGCCACAGUUGUCACUAGUGUCAAUUACAUAUUUGAAGGCUUCAGUCCAUAUGCAACAUUGCGUUUUUUUGAAUUCAACGAUAAAGGCUGGAACAUAAGUGAGAAUUGCAUACGAGACAUGUAUAACUUUUUGGAGGGACUUCGACGUGGCUCUCUUUGGGCUGUGAAGUUGUAUGAUGCGACGUCUUACUAUGGGGGUGGGGCAUUGAGCGGUGCAGCAAAUGUGCGGAUCCACAAUCCGAACAUAUGUCGGUCUUUGCUGCAUCAGUACAAGGACCAGGUGCAAUACACGUCGUGGAGUUUUCUUGCCAAUGAAACUAUCGUACCAUUCGCCGUACAAGUCAUUGUGGGUCACUACUUACUGGAGAUUGUUUAUGAAGGUGGUUUCAAGUUUGAGAAAAUAGAACAGCUCAUUUGCUUUCCAUCAUCAUGCAUUGCCGACGACUUGCAGCAGAUCCUAGAUGUCUAUCUCUUUCAAAGCAAUCAUGUUGUAAGGAAUAGUACUUAUUUGUGGCAUCGGGUCCUCAGCGAUGUCUACAGCAUUCGAAAUGACACGGAUUCUUAUAUUUUAAUAACAUUCGUCUGCAGUUCGUUCUUCGUUUAUGCCUUGUUCUUUGUUUUGCGCAGCUAUCACUCAAUCAUCAGCAACUCCGACUCUAACACUGAUCCCUUUGGAAAUAAUUUCGGGUUUGUGGUAGAUUACAAAAACUCUCUUUUAAGAAACAUGAAACGAUUUGCUCGUAAAACUACGACCAACACCGGAACUGUAGACAUAAAAUUCGGAGUAAACAUGCCGCAAAUUUCGACCAAGCGACGUUCGUACAAAUUGGAUGAAAUACUAAAUGCCAUUUCGCCCCAUAAUGUUCUUUAUAACGCUUUCGUUGGUGAGAUAACACCGCAGACACUUCUAUAUGUGGUAUUUACUUUACUCAUUAUUUACGAAUACCUGGACACACAAAUCAAAGCUCUUUCAAGCAACAUGGAACCGAAGAAUGGAAAGGAGUCGCCAACAGUUCCUGCGCUGCAGUACGCAAGCUUUCUGAUUGACAUCUAUUUCUUUGUAAAUGGUUCCAAAUUGGCGGCAGAAUUUUUACAAAAAUUCCCCAGUGAAAAGUAUCAGGUCUCGCAACAAAUGUUUUUCGUUUUAAAGCUAACUUUGCAGAAAGCUCUUUCUGUAACUCCAUCGUUUGCGUUUUGCACCUUUGCCGAGCAUCUGCUCGAUAAACAUUUUUACAACAACAUUGCCCUAGAAAUUCCGUCACUAGACUACAAAACAUGCAAUAAGAAAUUAAGCAACGUGUUGUAUGUGGACACCUUCUAUGCACUGGAGCAACGGUGCAUGCCUUGGACCUGGUUUCUUUCGCUGGAAAUGUUGUUCUUUAUUGUGGCCUCCUUGGUUCUCCUCCUCGCCGAAAUCCACUCGGCGUAUGCUACAAUAAUUGGCGUAGCUACCUUUAUGAUAUCCAUAUUUGCUUCGGUAGUAUGGGAAUCGGAUCCCAUCACCAGUGCGGAAUUUUCGUUAGGAACAUUUAUGCAAAAGGAACUAGCCGAAUUCAAUUUGGUCUACGACAACAUUUGCCUCCGCAUAUUUCCGUAUAUAAUGGGUAUAUGUGUUGGAUACAUUCUGCAGCGGACGCAAUCCAGCUUGAAAAUGAAUUUGGUGGUGCUGAUUUGUGGUUGGCUUGCGUAUAUGCUAAUGGCGGGCUUAUUUGUAUUUGGCUAUAAAUACGGUUACGAGAAACUACUGCCUCAUGUGGCGUAUGGACGCUGGUGCCAGGCAACACUCUUCACUAUUUCGCAUGCGAUGUGGUCUCUGAUGCUGCUCUGGACAACUCUGACAGCUGAAAACUACCAGACUUGGAGACCGCUUAGUUUUCUGCUUGAUGGAAAAUUUUUGUAUGUUUUGGAACGACUGUCACCGGUUUGUCUACUUGUGGGUCCGAUUGUAAUUCGGCUACUGGUGUUCACAGCUGACACGCCCAUCUACAAUUCCGUCGGACAAACGUUUUCAAUUUUUGUGGGGUGUUUGCUGGUAAUAUACUUGAGCGCACUUCUUCUUCACGUUCUGUUCGAUGGACCUCUUUCUGCACUUCUACAGGAAGCAGUUCUAACAUAACAAAUAGACAAACGUUAGCAAAUACAUAGAUACAUACUGUACAAACACUACGAAGUUGUGAAAUCCUGAAAAAAUAAAAAAAAAUCAAAAAGGACCAAAUACGGGCGUCAUUGAUUUUAAACACUCUUGAAAAGAAUAUUGCAUGUAAUGAGCAAUAUUGUUUACAAAAAUUUUUGAAACGACAACAAUAUUGGAUAGCUCUGCAACUAGUUUUA